CUUUAUACUGGAUGCGCCCCUCGCCCCAUACAUUAUUCGAUUAUUCGCUGUCCUUUCGCAGCUUGUUCUCCUAAAGGAUGUCGAGUAGUCAGUAUGCCCCCGUCGCUCGAGACGAUGGCAUUGACAGCAACGACGUGGCAUUGAGUGAAACACUUGUGGGCAAUGUCGAAGCGUCGACCUUGACGCCAGCUUCCUCGACCGCUAUGAUGCAGGUCACGGCACCGGCGGCAUUGCCGGAGGGCUACGAGUUUGAUGCAGCUCUAGGAGACCGUAUCGUGAAGGUACACGUGCCAGCUGGAGGCGUAGAAGCUGGCCAAACGUUUUCGGUACCAAUGCCGACCUCCAUCACUUCCUUCAUUUCGACCAUCCCUGUGCCGGUAGGGCACUGGCGCGAUUCUCUAUGGUCUUUAUUUUCUUAUGGAGCUUGCCACCCCCACGUUUGGACGUCUUGUUGCUGUACAACGGUUGCUGCGGCGCAAGUGAUUUCGCGACUUCAACUUACUUGGAAAGGGAAGCACGGGACCGUAGCGGAGACAACUGGGGCGUUCCAGAUCAUUUUUACCGCUGUGGUGGUAUACUACGUUCUCUAUUAUUCCUUGUCAAUGCUAUUGUUUAAUCUUGAUCCCAACUCGGGCAACGAAGACACGAACGACCGUCAGCCGCUCCCAGCCGGAGCCAUGGUGGUGGCCUCUACAAUUGAUCUCAUGCACUACACGGCCUACGGAGUGCUCGUCUUGCUGCUACGAAACUUGCGCGUGACCGUGAGAGAAAAGUACGCCAUUCCGGCCCGCGAUUAUGAGGACUGCACGUGUUCCGUUUUUUGUCCGUGUCUUGUUGCGGCCCAAAUGCUGCGACACACAACCGAUUACGACGCCUAUCCAGCCACUUGCUGCACAAAGAGGGGCAUUCCCGAGCACGCGCCGUCUAUUGUGUAA